UACACCUAUUCUGCCAUCCUCUCCUGCACUGUCACACAGGGGUCUUCAUUCACUCAAGAGACGCACUACAGGAUUACUCCUCCUUUCCAACUUCUGUCCCAGGAUGACUGCAAUGCUCUGCCCUCAUUUUAUCUCCACCUUCCCUCUACUUUUUCUCCUCCUGCUUGCUGGGCCUAGCAGCACAAUAAUGCUUGGUCCUGGAAGAGUAAGGGAAGGGUCAGAGGGACGAGUGAGGGCUGAGGGUAGGGUUAGAUCUGGAGUAAAGGACAAGGGCGGGGACAGGGCAAGUAUUGAGGGAAACACAGAAACUGGAUUUGGAGAUACUCGUGUUUCUAGACCGGGAGCUGCAGCAGGAGAGGAUGGCGAGGCGUGGGGGGAGCCUGGUACUUCUACUAGGUCAAUGCUUUCUAUAGGCGAAAGUGGACUUUGGGAGCCCCGCAGUUCCUCUCGCUGUGUCCCUAUCCCGUCAGGCAUGGCCUUGUGCCAAAACAUCGGUUAUGACACCAUGAGGAUGCCCAACCUGCUGGGCCACGAGUCUCCAGCUGAGGCUGUGCAACAGAGCGCCAGCUGGUUGCCACUACUUGCCAGAGAGUGCCACCCUGACGCCCGCAUCUUUCUCUGCUCUCUCUUUGCACCUAUCUGCCUUGACAGGUUUAUAUCACCCUGCAGGAGUUUAUGUGAAUCUGUGCGGGACAGCUGUGCACCAAUCAUGAACUGUUAUGGCUACCCCUGGCCAGAAAUUCUACGCUGUGACCAAUAUCCUGCAGACCAUCUCAUGUGUAUCUCUUCCAUCACCAACACUACUGUUCAGACAGGGGGCCGUAGAGUUCCCCAGGCAAGCUGUCGGGAUUGUGAGCUGGAGGAGGCCUCCUCUUCAAAAGAUAUACUGGAGACCUUUUGUAGAAGUGAUUUUGUUGUGAAACUGCGUCUAACACGGCUCAAAUACAGUCCAGUAAGCCUGUCUCAGUUCUCGCUGGCUGCCAAACUGGACGUUCUGAAGCACGGACCCCUGUUAGGUGGGCAGAUCCGCUCCCGCAUCCAGCUGUGGCUGGAGAGAGAUGCCACCUGUGUAAGGAACAUGACGCGCAACCACCCACGAGGCGGGACGUUCCUAGUGACAGGCACAGUGCAAGGGGAGCGCCUGGUGGUCAAUAAGGCAUACGCCUGGCACAGACGAGACAAGAACCUGGCGGCAGCCGCACGCAAAUGGAAACAUCACAGAUGCAGGAGCUAGGAUUAUAUGCUUAGAACAAUUUAAAAAAGAACUGAGAUGUGAAACAGCUAGAGAAAGGAUAGACAUACAUUUAAGAACGUCCUACGACUGUAAAUUAUGCUCAAAUUUCUGUGAUGAUUGAAGAGAUAUUCAGUAAGCUGGUCACAAAGGAGCUCGAGAAGGAUCAACAGUGUGUCUCUCAGGCAGUGGAGGUCAAAAAAAAAAAGAUGUUUUAUAGAAAAUGUACAUAUCUGUGAAUUUUAAGUAAAUA